AUGAGGCUUCCGAUGUCAGAUCUCUUUCAGAAGGCCAUCAUCCAGAGUGGCACGGCGCUCUCCAGCUGGGCGGUGAACUACCAGCCUGCGAAGUACACGCGUUCCCUGGCCGAGAAGGUGGGCUGCAACAUGCUGGACACCAUCGACCUGGUGGAGUGCCUCCAGAAGAAGAGCUACAAGGAGCUGAUCGAGCAGUACAUCACGCCCGCCAAGUACCACAUCGCCUUCGGGCCGGUGAUCGACGGCGACGUGAUCCCGGACGACCCCCAGAUCCUCAUGGAGCAGGGCGAGUUCCUCAACUACGACAUCAUGCUGGGCGUCAACCAGGGCGAGGGCUUCAAGUUCGUGGACGGCAUCGUGGACAGCGAGGACGGCGUGUCCGCCAACGACUUCGACUUCGCCGUGUCCGACUUCGUGGACCACCUCUACGGAUACCCCGAAGGGAAGGAUACCCUGCGCGAGACCAUCAAGUUCAUGUACACCGACUGGGCCGACCGGGAGAACCCGGAGACCCGGCGGAAAACCCUGGUGGCGCUGUUCACCGACCACCAGUGGGUGGCGCCGGCCGUGGCCACCGCGGACCUCCACGCCCAGUACGGGUCGCCCACCUACUUCUACGCCUUCUACCACCACUGUCAGAGCGACAUGAAGCCCAGUUGGGCCGACUCGGCCCACGGCGACGAGGUCCCGUACGUGUUCGGGAUCCCCAUGAUCGGACCCACCGACCUGUUCAACUGCAACUUCUCCAAGAACGACGUCAUGCUGAGCGCCGUCGUCAUGACCUACUGGACCAACUUCGCCAAAACCGGGGAUCCCAACCAGCCGGUUCCGCAGGAUACCAAAUUCAUCCAUACGAAGCCUAACCGCUUCGAGGAGGUGGCCUGGACCAAGUACAACCCCAAAGACCAGCUCUACCUCCACAUCGGCCUCAAGCCUCGGGUCCGAGACCACUACCGCGCCACGAAGGUGGCGUUCUGGCUGGAGCUGGUGCCGCACCUCCACAACAUCAACGAGUUUUUCCAGUACGUGUCCACCACCACCAAGAUCCCCCCGCAGGACACCACCCCCUACCCGUACACCAAGCGCUUCCCGGGGAAGAACAGCUGGCCGUCCACCACGCGCCACCCCGGGAUCCCCUCCGCCAACACCAAGCAGAGCCCGGACCAGCACAAGGGCGGGGACCUGGGCGAGCAGUCCACCGUGGUGAUCGAGACCAAGCGGGACUACUCCACCGAGCUCAGCGUGACCAUCGCCGUGGGCGCCUCGCUGCUCUUCCUUAACAUCCUGGCCUUCGCCGCCCUGUACUACAAGAAAGACAAGCGGCGCCACGAGUCCAACCGCCGCGCCGCCACGCCGCAGCGGAACUCCACCCCGGCCGGCGCCACGCCGGCGGCGGUGGCGGCCAACGACGUGGCGCACCUUCAGAGCGAGGAGCUGAUGUCCCUGCAGAUGAAGCAGCUGGAGCACGAGCACCACCACGAGUGCGGCGAGCCGCCGCCCCCCAGCCACGACGCGCUGCGGCUGGCCCUCCCCCCCGACUACACGCUCACGCUGCGCCGCUCGCCCGACGACGUCCCCCUGAUGGCGCCCAGCACAAUCACCAUGAUCCCCAACUCCCUGGCCGCCAUGCAGCCGCUGCACAACUUCAACGCGUUCGGGGGCAGCCAGAACAGUACGAACCUGCCCCACGGCCACUCCACCACGCGGGUAUAG